AUGAAAAUGCCGGCUCUCAAUGUAGGACAUAUAAGUACACCGGAACCACACUAUAUUCCAGGUUACACCGGCUAUUGCCCACAAUUGAUGUAUCGAAUCGGCAAUACGUACUCAUCGCUGUCUCACAAAUUGCUAUUAGAUCCGUCAGUGGCUCAUUCGGAAAAGUUGAUACUAUCUAACCGUUCAACCGAUGAAUACCAGGUACACCGUCCAACCCUGAAAGAGAUUGAUGCUACCGGAACUAUCAUCCCGCGGCACGAGGAUGAGGAUUUACGUGAUACCAUCUACCAGAAGCCGCUCAUGCCCGGCUACGAGGGUUACAUUCCGCGGACGCAAAGUAAAUUCGGUCGGCGGUAUGCCGUUGUGACUAGCGAAGGUUUGAACGAAUUCGAGCGGGAUUGUUUGCGCACCCGAGCGCAGAUGAAAAAACUGCGGCACCGGGUAGCGCAACCCAUUUCGACCAUCUCCGAGUUCAGUUUGGGGGACAGAAUGCAGUUUCAUAAAAAUGACUACCGUUUUCCUCUGGAGGCCACUAGGCCCGAUGCCAUGGGAGUUUGCAAGGAGGUACCCGUAGAAAAUCUGCCGCCACUUCCAGCACUGCCAUACAGUCAACACACACCACCACUUUUUAUGGAAAAUGACAACGAGCAAAAGUAUACCAAAUUAGGUUACACCGGUCAUAAACCGUUUCUGUGGCCACGGUUUGGCGAACCUAACGUUGCGCUGACGAAGAAAGCGUUGUGUGACUUCACUAACAGCUACCAACAUCGAAGGAGUACCGAAUGGGUACCGAUUGCCCCGGCGGGCACUGGAACCUGUCAGCCAAGUGCAGCCAUACACGAAAUAUAUUUGAAAAAUAUUGGACUGGUACCAAGCUACAAGGGCCACGUACCAGGGGCGAUGUUCAGGUAUGGCAAGACAUUUGGUAAUGAUAGUAAAAAUGCUAAAAAGUGCUUAAAGAAAUGCUAUGAGGAUUAA